AUGCCUGGCCUGCUGAACCUCAUCACGGGAGCGGCCCUGCCCCUCACGGCAUCCGACGUCACCUCCUUCGUCAGUGGCUACGCCCUGGGCCUGACUGCCUCCCUCACCUAUGGCAACCUGGAGUCUCAGCCCUUCCAAGGCCUCUUUGUGUACCCACUGGAUGAGCACACGACAGUGAUAGGCUUUGAGGCGGCCAUUGCCAACCGGGUGGUGACGGUGCAGAUCAAGGACAAAGCUAAGCUGGAGAGUGGCCAGUUCGAAACCUCCAGGGUCCGACCAGCCACUGUCACAGGGAACGUUCUGCAAGAGGGGGUGUCCAUCGCCCCUCAUUCCUGCACGCCGGGAAAGGUGGCCUUGGACGAGGAUUUGGAGCGCAUCCUGUUUGUGGUCAACCUGGGGACCAUCGCCCCCAUGGAGAAUGUCGUCAUCUUCAUCAGCACCUCCUCGGAGCUCCCGACGCUGCCCAGCGGGGCCGUCAGGGUCCUCCUGCCAGCGGUCUGUGCCCCCACCGUGCCCCACUUCUGCACCAAGAGCGCCAACCUCUCCACCCAGCAAGCCCAGGGCAAAGACAAGCAUUGCUUCGGCCCCCGGGCCCUGGACUCCUGGAACAAGCUGUGCCUGGCAACCCUGCUGGACACCAACGUGUCCAACCCCAUGGAGUACGACUUCAACUUCCAGCUGGAGAUCCGCGGGCCGUGUCUGCUGGCCGGAGUGGAGAGUCCUACACACGAGAUCCGGGCCGACGCCGCCCCCUCUGCCCGCUCGGCCAAGAGCAUCAUCAUCACCUUGGCCAACAAACACACCUUCGACCGGCCCGUGGAGAUCCUCAUCCACCCUAGCGAGCCCCACAUGCCCCAUGUCCUGAUGGAGAAAGGGGACAUGACCCUUGGAGAGUUUGACCAGCACCUGAAGGGGAGGACAGACUUCAUCAAAGGGACAAAGAGAGACAGCAGCGCCGAGCGGAAGACAGAGAUCAUCCGGAAACGCCUGCACAAAGACAUUCCCCACCAUUCUGUCAUCAUGCUCAACUUCUGUCCUGACCUCCAGUCCGUCCAGCCGAACCUGAGAAAGAGCCACGGGGAGUUCAUCUUCCUGGUCGACCGGAGUGGCAGCAUGAGUGGCACCAAUAUCCACCGUGUCAAGGAUGCCAUGCUGGUGGCACUGAAGAGCCUCAUGCCAACCUGCCUCUUCAAUGUCAUUGGCUUUGGAUCCACAUUUAAGACUCUCUUCCCUUCUAGCCAGAACUACAACGAGGAAAGCCUGGCCCUGGCCUGUGAUAACAUCCAGAAAAUGCGCGCCGACAUGGGUGGCACCAACAUCCUUUCCCCUCUCAAGUGGGUGGUGCGGCAGCCAGUGCACCCAGGCCACCCGCGGCUCCUCUUCUUAAUCACCGACGGUGUCGUCAACAACACCGGGAAGGUUCUGGAGCUGAUGCGCAACCACGCCUUCUCGACCAGGUGCUAUAGCUUUGGCAUUGGACCCAACGUCUGCCACAGGCUGGUGAAGGGGCUGGCGUGUGUGUCCAAGGGCAGUGCUGAGUUCCUGGUGGAGGGGGAGCGGCUGCAACCCAAGAUGAUCAAAUCCUUGAAGAAGGCCAUGGCCCCCGUCUUGAGUGACGUGACUGUGGAGUGGGUCUUCCCCGAGACCACGGAGGUGCUGAUCUCACCCGUCAGCACCAGCUCCCUCUUCCCUGGAGAGCGGCUCGUGGGCUACGGCAUCGUGUGCGAUGCUUCCUUGUACGUCUCCAGCCCCAGAUCUGACAGCAAGAGGCAGCGGGGCAGCACCCUGCGGUCUCAGGAGUCCAGCAGCUCCGUGUUCUACCACUCUCAGGAUGAGGGCCCCGGCCCGCACAGCGGGGACUGUGCUCAGAGCUCGGGGGCGCCCUUCAGCCCGGGGCAGGCCAGAGACGCCCGGCUGUUCAGCGGAGACUCCUCCACCAAUCCAGGCCUGGACUCCUCCCAGCGACGGAGGGCCUACAGCACCAAUCAGAUCACCAAGCACAAGCCCUGCCCCAGAGCCACCGCGGCCAGCGAGCCCACCAUGCCGGCCAAGAGAUGCCCGCUGCGGGAAGCCAAGCUGCGGGACCUCACCAACCAGGGGCAACCUGGUGUGCAGCCCUCGCUGAACAGCGGCCAGGACCGGAGCCAAGUCCCCAAGCUGCACGGCCCAGGGGCCCGCAGGCCCUCUCUGAUGCCCCAAGGUUGCCAGCCCUUCCUGCCCUCCAGCCAGGAAGCCCAGGCCUGGAGCCCGGUCAGAGUGCUGGAUCCAGACUCCAGCCAGAAGCCCGCCUCGGACUCCCGCAGCCCUCGGGAGCUGGAGCCGUCCCAUCACCCCUCCUCCUUCGAGACGGAGACGUCCUCGAACUGGGAGCCCCCGGCCGAGUCCGAGGAGCCGGCCCGGCCCGGCAGGCCCGCCACCCCGCGCCCGGUGCUGGGCAAGGCCCUGGUGAAGGGCCUGCGCGACAGCCAGCGCCUGCAGUGGGAGGUGAGCUUCGAACUGGGGGCCCCCGGCCCGGUGCGAGGCGCGGGGCGCAACGCCGACCUGUGGAGCGAGACCUUCCACCACCUGGCGGCCCGCGCCAUCAUCCGCGACUUUGAGCAGCUGGCGGAGCGCGAGGGCGAGAUCGAGGGCUCCACCCGCCGCUACCAGGUAAAUGCUGUGCACACCAGCAAGGCCUGCAACGUCAUCAGCAAAUACACAGCCUUCGUGCCCGUGGACGUGAGCCAGAGCCGGUACCUGCCCACGGUGGUGGACUACCCCAACUCUGGUGCCGGCUUGCGGAUGCUCAGCUCGCGGCUCCUGACGCGACAGUGGAAGGGCGCCUCUGCAGGCUUGGGACGGUCGCAGACGGCGCCCAGGGAGGACUCGGCAGCAGGAGACGGCAGGGAGGAGAGCCCAGCAGUGCCCUUCAGAGAGCUCCUGGCCCCCAGCCGCGAGAAGCACACCGCUGCCGAAGGUCCCGUGCGCAGCCUGGCCCCUGAUGCUCUCUCUGCCAUGAAGGCCUCCAACACACUUUUUGGAUCCAGGCUGAACCUCAACAAGUCCAGGCUGCUGACCCGGGCGGCCAAGGGCUUCCUGAGCAAGCCGCUGACCAAGGCUCCAGAGUCGGCCUCGGGGAGCCAGAGCUUCGACUACAUCCCCCUGGUGACUCUGCAGCUGGCCUCCGGAGCCUUCCUGCUCAACCAAGCCUUCUGCGAGGCCAUCCAGAUCCCCAUGGAGAAGCUCAAGUGGGCCUCGCCCUUCACCUGCCACCGCGUGUCAUUCACGGCCCGCCAGCCCGCCGCCCCGCCGCAGCACCCCACCUGUAGCAGUGUCCCCCUGGAGCCCCUGGCGGAGGGCAGGCCGGCCUUGGAGCCCAGGGAGGUGGCGGAGCACACGGGGAAGCUGUGGGCCACCGUGGUGGGGCUGGCCUGGCUGGAGCACAGCUCCGCCUCCUUUUUCAUCGAGUGGGAGCUGGUGGCGGCCAAAGCCGACUCGUGGCUGGAGCAGCAGGAGGUGCCCGAGGGCCGCUCGCGGGGCACCCUCAGGGCCGCCGCCCGCCAGCUCUUCGUGCUCUUGCGGCACUGGGACGAGAACCUGGAGUUCAAUCUGCUGUGCUACAACCCCAGCUACGUGUAG